GGAAAUGGCGUCACGACGGCAGCGCCGUCAGGUAGAAGGUUAUAAACAACGAAAAGUAAUGGACAAGCAUGUUAUGAGGGGGUCCUUUGCUGCGAAGAAAGAGAAAUCCUGAGACAGAAAAAGCUGGAAGACAAACUUCUUUUAUAUCCACUUGCCUGAAAAAAUGCGGCGGACCUGGGGCUGGUGCCCCUACAGUUUUUUACUCCUGAGUCUGUUGGUCGGCUUGAAGGCCGUGCCUCUUAAUACGGGAAAGGACAAGGAGAAGAUUCCCCAGGAAAAUCUCCAAGGCCCCCCACAGAAUGUGGAUACUGGACUGCACUAUGACCGUUAUCUCAGGGAAGUCAUCGAUUUUCUAGAAAAAGAUCAGCAUUUCAGAGAGAAGCUUCAUAACACAAACAUGGAUGACAUUAAGCAAGGAAAACUCGCCAAAGAGCUGGACUUUGUCAGCCAUCACGUGAGAACAAGGCUGGAUGAGUUGAAAAGGCAAGAGGUGAACCGCUUAAGGAUGUUAAUCAAAGCCAAGCAGGACCAGGAAGGUGGCGGAGAAAUGACUGUGGAUCACCAGGUCCUGCUUAAACAGUUUGAACACCUGAACCACAUGAAUCCACACACUUUUGAAGUGGAAGACUUGGAUCGUCUCAUUAAAUCAGCAACAAAUGAUCUUGAGAAUUUUGACAAGGAACGUCAUGAAGAAUUCAAAAGGUAUGAAAUGAUGAAGGAACAUGAGCGAAGGGAGCAUCUGAAGAUGCUGGAUGAGGAGGAGAGAAGGAAGGAGGAGCAGCACUAUGAAGAGAUGAGGAAAAAGCACGCUGAUCAUCCCAAAGUCAACCACCCGGGCAGCCAAGACCAGCUGAAAGAAGUGUGGGAAGAAGCUGAUGGUCUGGACCCUGAGGAUUUUGACCCCAAGACUUUUUUCAGUCUGCAUGACACUAAUGGAGAUGGAUUUCUUGAUGAACAAGAACUGGAAUCACUGUUCACAAAAGAGCUUGAAAAGAUCUACGACCCUACCAAUGAAGAAGAUGACAUGGUUGAGAUGGAGGAAGAGAGACUGCGAAUGAGGGAACAUGUCAUGAAUGAGGUUGACACCAACAGGGAUCGACUCGUCUCCUUACAGGAGUUCCUGGUAGCUACAAAAAAGAGGGAGUUCCUGGAGCCAGACAGUUGGGAGACCCUGGAACAAAACCAGCCGUACACUGAGGACGAGAUGAGGGAAUUCGAGGAGCGCUUAGCUCGGGAGGAAAAUGACCUCAACCGGAAAGCAGCUGAACUUCAAAUGCAGAGGAAUGAGCUGGAGAGACAGCAGGUGCAACUGAACGCGCGAAAAGUGGAGCUUCAGCAGGCGGUGGAGCACAUGGAAAAGUUAAAAACCCAAAAAGCAGAGCCCUUCACAGCAUUUAAAGUUGGGGAAAACCCUCCUGAAGGACCACUGGGGCAAAACCAGCAUGUCCCCGCAGGAUAUUAACAAAGCAGACUUCCGCCAUUAGCAGGCAACCUUGUUCUCUACAGCAAAUCAUUGAGCCACUUUGGGAGGCUAAGAUGUGUGAGCAGCUCAAAUCCAAGCUUACACUGCAGCACUGGGUAUUUAUUCUGUACUGCCAUGUAGUCAGUUUUCACAAUAUCGGAUAUCGAAUAAAAAGACAGAUGCACAGCACUAUGAGUACCUAUGCAAUGGAAUACCUCAUCUGUAUGGGGAAACCUUCAUUGUUUCUAUUCUAUUGUGUUCUAUUGUUCAUUGGCUUUAUUUGCUAUUAGUUAGGGGUUCCACCUGUGAAUGGCCAGGGACCGGCAUGUUUUGCAAGAAUGUCACGGACUGGUGAAGCUUGUAAAGUGGGCUUGGAGGGUUGACGGUGCUAAAACUUAUCGACCAGGGUGUUAUGCGAUUUUUUUUUCUCUCUCUCCGAAGCAAUCAGAACAUAAGACGUUAAAGGCAUGGCUUGAAAAUACAGAUUGCUUUUGGAAACACAGGGUUCGAAACCACAAGAAUGAUCAGUGUGCAGGGCUGCCUGUGUAUUGGACAUCGACAAUCUGUGGUUGAAUCUGCCCUGGCUUGCUUCUGUUAAGAUAUUAGAGCUGGAAAACUGAAUAACAAUGGGAAUCAAGGGGUGUGCACAGUCCACUUGAUGUAUAGACCAUUUAUUCUACAAUUUGUACUAUGAAUGAAAACACAUGCAAAUAUUGCCAUCAACUAAGAAUGCUAGACAAAAUAGCCUCUCAAUACAAAUGAAUAUUUUUAUAGCUGCCAACAAGAUUAUGCACAGAUACUGAAAGGGCUUAAACUGCAAGAAUGUUUGAUGUGCACGGCUGCCUAUGUACUGGACACCAACAAUCGGAUUUAAAACCAGCUGGCUUUUGUUAAAGAUAUUACAGCUGGAAAACUAAAUAUGAGGCUACCAUAUUAUGAGCUGUGUAUAUGAAGUUCUAAUUUCAACACAGGAUCUCAAUUUCGAUUUAGUAUCAGCUGUUUUUUUGUGGCAGAAUCUGGCUUCCAAAAUAAAUGGCUCAUGGGAGUUGUACUUAAA